GCGUAUUGUCAACAAGAGGAUUGAAAUCCCUAGAGUGGAGAAAGAGGGACACUACAUGGCAAAGAGUGCUCCACAAAAAGAAGAAAAGGAAAAACAAGCUAUCAUUCGGUCAUAAGAAAUCCGGCAAGGUACAACCAAACACAAGAGCACAGAUCAGAGGGCAUUCGACGCUACAAGACAC